AUGGACUCUCAGGACGGCAUUACCGUCCGCCCUAUGAGGCUUAAGGUCUUGUAUACCUUUGAUAACGAGAACAAAACCAACUGUCUUGCUCGCUGGCCUCAUGUGCUGGAAAUUCAAACGGCUUAUCUGGAUGAGGAAACUCCAGUCGGGGUCAUUGAGCUGAAGACAUGCAUUCAAGCAAUUGUUUCAGCCAGCCCUGAAUUGGUAGCACAACUAGGAAAGGACUAUACAGUGUACGCUUACGAUUACUCGGAAUACGAAACCCCCCUCGUCGGUCAAGGAAUGCUUUCAUGGGUCCUGGCUUCAUCUUCACCGACGCCGGAGGCGCCCGCUCACCAGUCUAAAACCAUGGUCACGGGUAAGGUGAGCAAAACCCCUCUGGGUCUAUUUUCCAAGGGCGCCGGCGCUCAGGAGACCCUGGAGGUCAAACUUCGAUUGGUUCCCGUUCCGACCGUCAUGCAAAGCCAAUAUCUCGACAGCAUGCAGAAAUACCGAGAACUCAGCCAUGUGAUCCCUCAUGACUUCGACGCGCAAUCUUGGACGAAUUUCAUGCGUCAGAAUCCCUCGCUAAUGGAGGCCGCUCGAAGCCAGUCACAGGACCGGGCGAGCGCUGGGUCCCCUAUGGGUGGAUCGGGCAUUGGACGGUUCCAUCAGAUUCUCAGCGAAGGCGCCACUCCUCGUGAGUUUUCAGGCUAUGAACGAAAUGAGUCAGUGCGUUCAGCUUCGCCCACGCACUCUUAUGGUGUUCCUAGCAGAGUAUCAACACCUGGAGGAAUUCGCUCAGUAAUCCAGCAACCCCAACCCCAAUCAAGGCAACCUUUCAACCAAAGCAGCGACAUGAUCAGACCAUCUUCAAGUGCUUCUAUGCGCGACAGUGACUUCCAGGUACCGCAGUCUCACUCUAGGAGAGAUUCUAUCCAAUCCGGCUAUGCCAGUGGAGGCGAGGAUAUGGAUCCCCAACCACGGAAGAGGGCCAAGCUGUAUCAGGCAGGCUGGCCAGGAAAGUCUGAUAUGAACAUCGAAAGACAACCCAGCUCACUACGGGUCGCCGCCAGUACGGCGGCCUCCGUUCGGAUCCACCGUCCAACUCCCGUCAAUCCUUCAAUUGCGGCUGAACAGUCCCUGGUCGAGCCCGUUCGCCCGCCAACCCCAAUUAUGCGUCCUGGGGAAGGUACCCGCCGCCUUCGGCCUGCGUCAAGCAUGCUGCGGGAGUCAUCUGUUAUCAGCUCGUACGGAUCGCCAUACAUGAAUAGCGACGACAUCGGCACAGAUUUCACAGGUCAUUCUCCUGAGGAUUCCCGUUACCAAGGAUUGUUCGAGCCUCCAUUCACCAUGCCUUCCUCGCCUCCUGUCAUGGAUUCACGGUUUCCAUCCAAAUCCAGCCCUGUGCUGCCUCCCCUUACAUUGGAUACCGACUCCGGCUUCAUGAGCGGUGGUCUGGAUGAUAUGAUGGAUGAUGAAGCGGCUACUCCCGCAGAGUGUGCCCAAAGGGCUGAAUCACACGGCCUCGCUGAAAGAGAUCACUCUCAUUCCGUUCGCUCUACAGUGCAGGCAACCUCCCCGGCCAGUGCCACUGGCACGAUAGCUGACCAACCUAAUAACUCCAUGAUUAUCAGCGAUGCUCCCGUCCAGCAACCUACGAAGCCCCAGCAACAGCGUCGCCCAGUCUCGGCAGCUGGGUCUAGACCUAGCUCACGGAACAGCGUGCGCCUGGCGCCCAAACCGCUAGCACCCGCACCUAUUGCCCCUCAGGGUGAAUUCGCUCAGAACAGGAGCACCGUUCCUGCCAGCGAUCCUGUCGCGCCUAGCCACCCUCCCCUUCAGUACUCCCAUACCUGGGCGGGGCCAAUGAGCGAUUUCAGUAUUGCUGACAGCUCAAACUCAGUACCGCCACGAAAACCCGAAUCCAAGCCUCGGAGCGCUAAGAAGAGGGUGAAACAAAUUCAACAGCGCUUGGAUGAUGCCAUCAAAAGCGGACAGGUUCCUCCCUUCUGUGCGAAUUGCGGCUGCAUUGAAACUCCUACCUGGCGUCGGGCGUGGUCGAAAGAGGUCGUGGGCAGAGAGGACAUCGCCAAAGAAAUGAUGCAAGACAGCAAUACCUUGUUCUACGAGUCUCUGGAACGUGACGCCCAAGAUGCAAUUUCCAAGUUCAAGAUUUAUAAAAAGACUCUCCAUAGCUGGGACAAGGAAUGGACUCAAGUUUUGCUUUGCAACCCUUGCGGUCUGUGGCUGCACAAGUUCAAGACCAUGCGUCCCGAGAACAAGUGGAACAAGCCCGGUGCAGAUGGUACUGAGAAACGGAAGAAGCGUCCCGUGAGAAACCGCAGAACUGGUGGCCCACUGUCGCUUCCUUCAACCAGGACUCGCAGCAUGGCUGCAUCAAGCGUGACUGCAGCUUCCUCUCCAGCCCCCACCGAAGCCUCCUCCGUGCAGCCCGAAGAUGGUGCUACUCCUCUUGUGGACAACAAUCAAGAUCAAGAUCCGGACCAGGAUGAGGAAGGCGAAAACUACCCCAACAAGCGUCGUCGGGCUAACAGCGCUGAACCUCCACGGUCAUCCGAGAGCUCGCACACUCGCUGGGAGCACGACGAUGCCGUGGAAGCCCUGCGUCGUGCGAUUCAGUCUAGUCCGGCAAGAAAUAUGGCCGGUCGCAAAGUUCCAAACUCGGAUGAUUUGACUCUCACCCCCAAGCCCUUGCGCCGGGCGCUGUUUGCCUCUUCUCACAAUGACAAUGCCUUGAAAGAGCUGGAUGAUUCUAGGGUGAACACUGGCUCUCCAAGACGCAGUCCGAGGAUUGCUUCGCGUGAAGACAAGGCCCCGGAGAAAGAGAACAUGGCGCCCACACCUAAUGAUGACCUUAACGAUCUUUUUGAGAGCCCUUCUUUGGACUUUGAAUUGCCUAUCAGCCCAACUCCGCGUCGGCCCCAUGCUCGUUUCAAUAUCCAUGAGCGACGACUUUCGUUGCCUUCCAACUCGCCAACUGCUAACCGGCGCAAGGAUGUUGGAUCAGUUACCCCUUCAACCCGUCUCACCGCGGAACGCUUGCAACGUAUCCAGGAAGGUCAGGAUCAAACCCGCACAACACCUCGCCAGAAUCGAACCCCUAGUAAGCAAGACAUGCCUUCCUUGUUGGAUCCUGCGGCAUUCGAGUCUUUUGACGGCAUGAUUCUCGACAUCUUUGACAAUGCUCCUGGCCAGUCUGACUUCUUUGAGCUCGGGGGCUCAAAGGCCGACAACCAGAACUGGGCUGAGUGGCUUCCCACGGACUAUGUCUCUCCCACCGGAUCGGACAAUGCCGAAGCUUCUGAAGACUUCAUCAACGCCAUUCUUUCCAAUCCCACGGCCCUCAAAGAAAACAUCCACAACUCACAAUUCAAUCCUUUCGCUUUCACCGAUACCCAAGUCCCUGACUCGGGUUUCUUCAGCUCAGAUGCUCUACACGCUGACUCCAUGGGUAUGCCCAAGCCUCAGCAUGCCAACGAGCAGCUAAAUGGUCAACAGGCAAUGUCUCCCACUGCGUGA